AUGCUAAAAUUGAAAAGCCCAAAUAUUGAGGAAUUAAUUGGUAAUAAAUUUGAAAAGACGGAUGCUCGGCAAAUUUUUAAAGGAAAGGCAAGAUUGAAAGACCAGAUAAAUUUAAGAAAAUAUUUACAGCAAAAUUAUAACCAACUUACAUGGAAACAAAGAAUCAACAUCAUUGAAAACAUAAUCGAAGCAGUUUCACGCCUUCAUCAUGAAAAUUCUAUUCAUAGAGAUUUGCAUUCAGGAAAUAUAUUAUAUUCUGAAUAUAAUGGUACAUGGUAUAUUAGUGAUUUUGGAUUUUGUGGACCUGCUGAUAAACCAUUAGAAAGUAUAUAUGGAAAUCUUCCUUAUAUAGCGCCUGAAGUUAUUAAUGGAAAAGGAUAUACUUUUGCAUCAGAUAUUUAUAGUAUUGGUAUGCUCAUGUGGGAAAUUUCAUCUGGACGACCACCUUUUGCUCAUUUUGAUCAUGAUUAUGAUCUUGCAAUAAAUCUAAUUAAAGGAAUGAGACCACAAAUCGUACAAGAAACUCCAACAGAAUAUAAAAAUUUAAUGGCUGAUGUUUCGAAUCCAAUCGCAACUAACGCCCAAAUAAAUAAUAUAAAAUUAAACUUAUCCAACAAGCAAGGUUAG